AUGAUAUCGGGUAUUUCUCUAGCAAUACAUUUCAAUCAACGACAUCAUCAAUAUCUACGAAUACCAACAUCCACGGGAAAUGUAACUACUUGUUAACCAAUGAUGAUAUUUCAUUAGCUACCCCUCUGGAUACUACCGGCUACCAAAAUUCAUUGUUGGAUAUGGACAAUCAUUUACAACCCAGUUGUUCAUCACCAAUAAAUAAAGAAGUAAAUGUGUCAUCUUCGUUAUUCAAUAGAGUUUUAAAUAUAUCACCAAUCAACAAAUCAGAAAUAUUAUCCACAAAAGACCAAACACAAUACGAAGAAUAUCCAAAUUUAUGCAUUUCAGAUUCACCGGCGAAGAAUAAUACAGAAGAAAUUAAAGUAUGUGGUAGAAGAAUUGUAAAUAUAUUUAAUUUAUUCGAGGAAAUUAAAAAUAUUGACAACCAUGACCCAUUUGACUGUAGUUUUAAAAAUAUGAUUGUCAUCGGUGAGAAACGAAUUGGUUUUAAAUCAAUUUUCACUUUUAAGUGCAGUAUGUGUCAAAUUAAAAAGACUGUGGGUACUGAAAACAAUAUAUUUAUGCCUAUUAAUACAUCAGCAGUCAUUGGAGUCUUGAACAUUGGAUGUGGUUAUAGUCAGCUUCAAGAGGUUAUGAGUGCAAUGGAAGUACCAACUAUUCAUAUAAAGACAUACCAAGCUGAGCACGAUCGUAUAUGUAAAGGGUACGAAGAAACCGCCUUAGAAACAAUGAAAGAAGCAGCAAAAGUUGAAGCUGAACUUGCCAUUGCAGAAGGAGACGUUGAUUUUGAUGGAACACCUUUAGUGGCAGUCGUAGCUGAUGGAAGCUGGUGUAAGAGGUCGUAUAGAACUAUGUACAAUUCACCUUCUGGUAUGGCUGCACUUGUAGGAUACAGAACAGGAAAGGUUUUGUUUAUGGGUGUCAAGAAUAAAUUCUGCGCAACAUGUGCUAGAACAAAAACUGAGGAUAAAGCUAAAAACCACCAAUGUUUUAAAAACUAGAAGUCUUCUGAUGGGUCAUCAGCA